UCCGACCGAGGGUGAGCGCGGCUGCUCCUUUGCUUUUAGCCCAUUGGCUGCUCUAUUCCUCCCUCCUCAGGUUCCGCCUUCUAUCAGCAGCCUUUCCUGCGGCCACCAUGUACCGUUCGCUCCGCUCUUUCCAGCGUUUGAGCUGCGCUAGGGGUAUCCUCGCGCACCGGCUGCUCCCGCGCGCCGCUCUGCUGCUUUGCCAUCGUCCACGGAGAAUGGCUAGCCAGGACUCAUUUAGAAUAGAAUAUGAUACUUUUGGUGAACUCAAAGUUCCAAAUGACAAGUAUUAUGGAGCACAGACUGUGAGAUCCACAAUGAAUUUUAAGAUUGGUGGAGCAACUGAACAGAUGCCAGUCCAAGUAAUAAGAGCUUUUGGUAUCCUAAAACGAGCAGCUGCUGAAGUAAAUCAGGAUUAUGGCCUUGAGCCAAAGAUUGCUAAUGCCAUUAUAAAGGCAGCAGAUGAGGUAUCUGAAGGUAAAUUAAAUGAUCAUUUUCCUCUAGUGGUGUGGCAAACUGGAUCUGGAACUCAGACGAACAUGAAUGUUAAUGAAGUCAUCAGUAAUAGAGCCAUUGAAAUCCUGGGAGGUAAACUGGGGAGUAAGGACCCAGUGCAUCCAAACGACCAUGUUAAUAAAAGCCAGAGCUCAAACGACACGUUUCCAACAGCAAUGCACAUUGCUGCUGCACAAGAAGUUCAUGAAGUGCUAUUGCCAGGGCUACAGAAGCUUCAAGAUGCCCUUGAUGUCAAGUCAAAAGAGUUUUCCAAAAUUAUUAAAAUUGGACGUACUCAUACACAGGAUGCAGUUCCCCUUACCCUUGGGCAGGAAUUUAGUGCUUAUGUGCAACAAGUCAAAUAUGGUAUCGCUAGGAUCAAAUCUGCCAUGCCAAGGGUCUAUGAGCUGGCGGUUGGUGGCACUGCUGUUGGCACAGGACUGAACACAAGAAUUGGUUUUGCUGAGAAGGUGGCUGCUAAGGUGGCUGCACUCACAAGCUUGCCCUUUGUUACUGCUCCAAACAAAUUUGAAGCCCUUGCUGCUCAUGAUGCCCUGGUUGAACUGAGUGGGGCAAUGAACACUGUGGCUUGCAGCCUGAUGAAGAUAGCCAAUGACAUCCGUUUCUUGGGUUCUGGACCACGGUCUGGUCUAGGAGAGCUAAUCUUGCCUGAAAAUGAACCUGGAAGCAGCAUUAUGCCAGGAAAAGUGAACCCUACUCAGUGUGAGGCCAUAACCAUGGUGGCAGCUCAGGUGAUGGGAAAUCAUGUUGCUGUUACAGUAGGAGGCAGCUGUGGUCACUUUGAGUUGAAUGUCUUUAAGCCCAUGAUUAUUAAAAAUGUGCUACACUCUGCCCAACUCUUAGGAGAUGCCUGUGUUUCUUUCACUGACAAUUGUGUGACUGGAAUACAAGCCAACACUGAGAGGAUCAACAAACUAAUGAGUGAGUCAUUAAUGCUGGUGACUGCCCUUAAUCCCCACAUAGGCUAUGACAAGGCAGCUAAGAUUGCCAAAACGGCACAUAAAGAAAGGACAACGCUAAAAGAAGCUGCUAUCAAGCUUGGAUUUCUUACAUCAGAACAAUUUGAUCAGUGGGUAAAGCCAGAAGAUAUGUUGGGUCCUAAGUAAUUCUAACGUGGAAAAAAAAUAAAUUUUAUAAACCAAACAA